UUUUUGCAGGAAGUUUCUUGAUUUUUUGCAAUAGUUCAUUCUUUUACCUUUAGACUGAACAUUUAAAGACCCACCAUGUUUUGACUUUAGAAUUGAUGAAGAAAAUCACCAACAACCUUUUCUCCAAGUAAUUUGAUCCCUAAAAUUCAUUAUAAUAAGCAAAAACAAACAUGAAAAGUUGAUUUUCUGAAGUUUUACACCAUUUUUUCUUCAGACAAAUGUAUACUUAUGACAGAAAACUGUGUUCAUUGAUCUCUUUCUUACUCCUUUCUUCAGUAAUUUCCAUUGCUGAAGAACAUGAUCAAUUUAUACACCAUGGUUUUACCAAAACAAAGCUUCAUCUUGAUGGGCUUGCAGAAAUCCAUCCAAAUGGUCUACUUCAACUAACCAACACCACAAAACUACAAAAGGGUCAUGCCUUUUAUCAUUCCCUUAUGAAACUAGAACCAAAUGUUUCCUUUUCUACUUCAUUUGUGUUUGCUAUAUACCGCGAAUUUGAUAUCCCACAUAGUGGCCAUGGGAUCGCCUUUGUCAUGUCACCAUCUAUGGAUUUCACUCACACUGUCCCAGCUGAAUACUUAGGCCUUUUUAAUGCUUCGAACAAUGGUUCUCCUACAAAUCAUGUAUUUGCAGUGGAAUUAGACACUGUUCAGAAUGCAGGGUUUGAUGAUAUCGAUGCUAAUCAUGUUGGAAUCGAUAUUAAUGGUCUGCAUUCUGUCACAGCUGCUACUGCAAUAUACGUAUCCGAAAAUGACAGUGAAAAUAAGAGGCUAGAUCUCACUAGUGGAAAACCGAUGCAUGUUUGGAUAGAUUAUGAUGCUGCCAAGAAGUUGGUGAGUGUAAGGUUGGCUCCAAGUGAUGAACCGAAACCAAAUCGUUCUUUGUUAUCAGCUCGUGUUGAUCUUUCUAAGGUUUUAACGAAAGAAGUUUAUAUCGGGUUUUCUUCAUCCACUGGUUUAUCGACUAAUAUACAUUACAUUCUCGGUUGGAGUUGGAAUCAAAGUGGUGAAGCUCAAAGUUUAGACCCUUCUGAGCUUCCUCUACUUCCACCCUUAUUAUAUCCGAAAAAGAAAUUUAGUCUUGCUAUUGUACUUCCUUUAGUUGUUCUACUUGUGUUUUUCAUAAGUAUUAUGUUGGGAGCUUAUUUGGUAGUAAGAAUGAAGAAAUAUGAAGAAUUGCACGAAGGUUGGGAAUCAGAGUAUUCGGUUCAUAGGUUUGUGUACAAGGAUUUAUACCGAGCUACAAAAGGGUUUAAAGAGGCCGAGCUUCUCGGUUGGGGAGGUUUUGGAAAGGUUUAUAGGGGUACACUACCUCAUACGAAAACCCAAGUCGCGGUGAAAAGAAUUUCACAUGAUUCCAAACAAGGUUUAAGAGAAUUUGUGGCGGAAAUUGCUAGUAUGAGAAGAUUAAGGCAUAGAAAUUUGGUUCAACUUUUAGGGUAUUGUAGAAAAAAAGGAGAGCUUCUUUUGGUUUACGAUUACAUGCCUAAUGGAAGCCUCGAUAAGCUACUCUUCAAUGACGCGAACCCAAGCCUUUCAUGGCAUCAACGAGUCAGAAUCAUCAAAGGGGUGGCAUCUGCAUUGUUGUACCUGCAUGAAGAGUGGGAACAAGUAGUUGUACAUCGUGAUGUUAAGGCAAGUAAUGUUCUCUUAGAUGGUGAAAUGAAUGCUCGUCUAGGGGAUUUUGGGCUUUCGAGAUUAUAUGAUCACGACAUAGGUCCUCAUACAACUCGUGUGGUUGGAACGAUUGGAUACAUUGCACCCGAGUUGACUGUCACAGGAAGACCUACAACUAAUACUGAUGUUUUUGCUUUCGGAAUGUUCAUGCUUGAAGUGGUUUGUGGGAGACGGCCAAUAUCACUGCAGUCCCUUGAAGAGGAGAAUUUAGUGGAUUGGGUGUUCCAAUGCUGGGAAAACGGAGAAAUCCUUAAGACAAUUGAUCCUAGAUUGGCAGGUAACUAUGAUACCGAAGAAAUCGAGCUCAUUUUGAGGCUCGGUUUGAUGUGUUGCAGUGAUAAUCCACACGAAAGGCCUAGUAUGAGGCAAGUAAUGCAAGUUUUAGAUGACAGUAACAGCAAAUACUCUGAGAAACUAUCAAUUUGUAUUGUGUCAACACUUUACUCUGAAUCUGUGCGCUCUGCUUCUAGUAUCGAUUCAAUCCUCCAGCAAGGUCGCUAAAUUGUACGAAACUUGAUCACUGAACAUUAUCUGGAAAUAGACUUGUAAACAGUACGAUGAUGUGCAUAAAUGUACAAAUUAAUUAGUACUUCUUAGGUUCUUUGGUUAAUGAUAAUGGCAAUAACAUAAUUUUCAGGCCUAAACUUUUGUAUAUUUUCUUCAUAAGUAGAUAUUAUUUUAUCUGUUUCAACUUAA